AUGACGUCCUCUGGAAGCUCCCUCUUAUGGCGGAGCCGUGCACCUGCCCCUGCUCUUCCGCCUCGGUCGCAGCCGUUGUCUAAAGCUCUCUCCUUUCCCUUCUCUUCUGCUUUAGGAGGGUUUAUUCACAGAGCCCCUCUUUCUUGUUCAGCUGAAAUCUCCUCGGACAGUGCCCUGGUGCAGAGCCGGCCUGCCCCUGAUUUCAAUCCCUGGUCUGAGUUCGCUCAGAAUGUGUCUGGAGAAUGGGACGGUUUCGGAGCAGAUUUUUCACGCCAAGGACAACCGCUUGAACUACCUGAAUCAGUGGUUCCAGAAGCCUAUCGAGAAUGGGAAGUGAAGGUGUUUGAUUGGCAGACGCAGUGUCCCACCCUUGCCCAGCCCGACGCACACGCCUUUCUUUACAAGUCCAUCAAACUCCUCCCCACCGUUGGAUGUGAAGCNUACUUGUCUCCCUCCCUUUUUUGUAUCUCUAUCUUCCCAAGUGUUGAUGUUACUACUGCAUCAUCUCACCAAAAUUGGGCUCUCUUUAUUUCCUCCUCACAGGGUUUCGUAAUGAAUCUGCAACCAUCUGAGGCAGAAGCUGGUUUCGACAUUCGUAUCCCACCCAGCGUUGAUGCUGAAGCACUCGAAAGACGUUUGGUGGAGGAAUGGGCUCCAGCAUCACGAAACAUGUCCUUUGAGUUCAAGCAGAAGCUUACGGGGAAGAAGUUCCUCACAGCAGCAGAUGAUUCAAAUCCGUGGUGGGGGCUCUUGGAAAAUGCUGUCAAGGAAGCCGGAGGUAGGACCAGUAAGCCUGAGAUUUUCCCUGCAUCAACGGAUGCUCGCUACUUUCGCAAGGCUGGCGUGCCUGCGUUUGGGUUCUCUCCCAUAUCAAACACUCCCAGUUUGCUUCAUGACCACAAUGAGUAUCUGGGGAAAGCUGAGUACUUGAAGGGCAUUGACGUGUAUGUUUCAAUCAUCAAAGCUUAUGCAUCUUAUGAAAGCAAAAGUGAUUCACGAGAUGAGUUAUGAAGGGUCUGCGUAGCGUACAGCCCAUUUCAAGUCUUCCUGUAGCAAAUGUGUACAAUCAAUAAGAUCAUAUCAUGUGUGUGGUACAUCAGACCAGGCUGUGGUUUGCAAAUUGAUCAUUCUUCUAGUUUUCUAAACUGUAUUGUGAUUGUGUUUCAACCAGUUUUCCACUCAAACACAAGUUUUAUUUUCUCGCUGCUAAA